AUGGAGGGAGAAAAUUGCUCCUACUUGAUUGAAUUCAAGCUCUUGGGAAUUACUAAUAACCCUGAGAUUAAGACAAUCAUAUUCAUCAUGUUUCUGAUAGUGUAUUUCAUUAUUCUUGUAGCAAAUCUUGGAAUGAUCAUUUUAAUUAGAACAGAUUCUCAGCUUCAAACACCAAUGUAUUUCUUCCUCAGUCAUCUCUCUUUCUGUGAUCUCUGCUACUCUACAGCAAUUGGACCUAAGAUGCUAGUGGACCUCUUUUCCAGGAACAAAUCAAUUCCCUUCAUUGGUUGUGCUAUGCAAUUCUUCACCUUUUGUAUCUUUGCAGAUUCUGAAUGUCUCCUGCUGGCAGUGAUGGCCUUUGAUAGGUACAAGGCCAUUAGCAACCCCUUGCUUUAUACAGUCAACAUGUCCAACAAAGUGUGUUCUAUGCUUAUGGCAGGGGUUUACCUGAUUGGCAUGGUUGAUGCUUUGGUACAUACAACAUUAACUUUCCGCUUGUGUUUUUGUGGCUCAAAUGAAAUCAAUCACUUCUUCUGUGAUUUACCUCCACUUUACCUUCUUUCCUGCUCUAAUAUUCAAGUCAAUGAGCUGGCAUUAUUCACUGUUUUUGGCUUCAUUGAACUAAGUACCAUUUCUGGAGUUCUUGUGUCUUACUGUUACAUCAUCUUCUCAGUCUUAAAGAUCAACUCUACGGAAGGAAGGUUCAAAGCUUUCUCCACCUGCACCUCCCACUUAACUGUUGUUGCAAUUUUCCAGGGGACUAUGCUCUUUAUGUAUUUCCGCCCAAGUUCUUCCUAUUCUCUAGAUCAAGACAAAAUGACCUCAUUGUUCUAUACUCUUGUCAUUCCCAUGUUAAACCCUCUUAUUUACAGUCUAAGAAACAAGGAUGUGAAAGAGGCUUUGGAAAAGCUGAAAAAUAAAAUGCUAUUUUAA